CGCCCGCCUAGGUCCGGCCUGACUUCGGGGCUAGCCGCCCUCGUCUGGCGUCGCGUCCUGCUGGGUGCAGCCCCGGGCCGGCGUCACGGCGGACUGCGCGGCCAAGGCAGAGCCAGAGUGGGCGCGAUGAAGGCACUGAUCUUGGUGGGCGGCUAUGGGACACGUCUGCGGCCGCUGACGCUGAGCAUCCCGAAGCCACUGGUGGAUUUCUGCAAUAAGCCCAUCUUGCUGCACCAAGUGGAGGCGCUGGCCGCGGCAGGCGUGGACCACGUGAUUCUGGCCGUGAGCUACAUGUCUCAGGUGCUGGAGAAGGAAAUGAAGGCGCAGGAGCAGAGGCUGGGAAUUCGAAUCUCCCUGUCCCAUGAAGAAGAGCCUCUGGGGACAGCUGGGCCCCUGGCACUUGCCCGUGACCUGCUCUCUGAGACUGCGGACCCUUUCUUCGUCCUCAACAGUGAUGUGAUCUGCGAUUUCCCUUUCCGAGCCAUGGUGCAGUUCCACCGGCACCACGGCCAGGAGGGCUCCAUCCUGGUGACCAAAGUGGAGGAGCCCUCUAAGUAUGGUGUGGUGGUAUGUGAGGCUGACACAGGCCGCGUUCACCGCUUCGUGGAGAAGCCACAGGUGUUUGUGUCCAACAAGAUCAACGCAGGAAUGUACAUCCUGAACCCCGCAGUGCUGCGGCGCAUCCAGCUGCAGCCUACAUCCAUUGAGAAGGAGAUCUUCCCUGUCAUGGCCAAGGAGGGGCAGCUAUAUGCCAUGGAGCUGCAGGGCUUCUGGAUGGACAUAGGGCAGCCCAAGGAUUUCCUCACCGGCAUGUGCCUCUUCCUACAGUCCCUGCGACAGAAGCAGCCUGAGCAACUAUGCUCAGGCCCUGGCAUUGUGGGCAACGUGCUGGUGGACCCAAGUGCCCGCAUCGGCCAGAACUGUAGCAUCGGCCCCAACGUGAGCCUGGGUCCUGGUGUGGUGGUGGAGGAUGGCGUGUGCAUCCGGCGGUGCACAGUGCUGCGAGAUGCUCACAUCCGAUCCCACUCCUGGCUCGAGUCCUGCAUUGUGGGCUGGCGCUGCCGCGUGGGCCAGUGGGUGCGCAUGGAGAACGUGACGGUCCUGGGUGAAGACGUCAUCGUUAACGACGAGCUCUACCUCAAUGGCGCCAGCGUGCUGCCCCACAAGUCUAUCGGCGAGUCGGUGCCAGAGCCUCGUAUCAUCAUGUGAGGGGAUACCAUGGGGCCGGCCGAGUCCCCAGUUCCCCAUUGGCGGGGGGAGCCCUGGUGCGACACAUCAGAAGGCCCUGGACUCGCCGUUUCUCUGGGAGGACUAGACGAGGCUGAAGCGGUUGGACGCCUGUCCUCUCCCGUGGACGUAAUCUGGCAGGCUCCUUGCUGGGCAUACCCCACAAAGCCCGCUCCCUCAAGAAGGGCCGGGCCAGGGCUGUAUGGAAUAAUAAUUUAAUGCUCACUGUG